AUGCUUCUCACCACCGCGAUUUCAUCGCUUGCUUUAAUUUCUUCCGUCGCCGCCCACGGGCUCCAGCAUGAGCACCUUCACAAGCGGCAACAGGCUGGUCCUGUCUACAUCACCGGCGCCAAGGGCUUUGGCGACAACCAAGUGCACACCCGUCUAGAGGUCAGCGACCUCGCCGCGAACCGCCCCGACCAAUGGACCCUCUUCGUCGGUGCCAUGCGCCGAUGGAUGGACGGCAACACCGCCAACUCCACCAGCUACUACCAGGUCGCUGGUGUUCACGGUGUGCCGCGCACCAGCUGGAACGGCGUCGAGCAAUGCUCGUCUUGCGGCGACGCUGAUGGAUACUGCUGCCACGACUCCGUCCUUUUCCCCGCCUGGCACCGCGCCUACAUGGCCCUCUACGAGCAGGAAUUCCUCAAGAUUGCUUGCGAGCUUGCAGGUGAAUACACGGGCACCAAGAGACAGACCAUGGUUGACGCUUGCUCGACCAUGCGUUUCCCAUACUGGGACUGGGCUGCAAAGGCAGAGUCUGGCGAUGUCUUCCCGGCGUUUUUGAGCUCGCCUCAGAUCGUGGUCGAUCUCCCAGCUGGCCAGCAGACCAUUGACAACCCAUUGUACACCUACAAGCUGCCCGACCCAAGCGCCAUGUACUACAGCCCGUUCACCACCUGGCCCGAAACUCUGCGCUACCCCAACAGCAACAACGCCGAUGGCACCAGCCAAGAGACGUCCGCGGUCAACGCGUUCAACAACAUCCAGGGCAGCAUGCAGGACCAGGUCUACAACCUGAUGGGCUGUGACGAUUACCUCCACUUCAGCAACGAUGCUUCUGGAUCAACCGAGAAGUGCGGCAACUCUCUCGAAGGUAUUCAUAACACGAUCCACACGACCAGCGGAGGUCCAGGAAGCAACGGUGUGUCUGGAGGCCACAUGACCUACCUGCCUCUUGCGGCUUUCGAUGCCAUUUUCUGGCUUCACCACUGCAACGUUGACCGUCUUUUCGCUCUCUGGCAAACGAUCAACCCCGACAGCUACGGUGCCUCGCAAGUCGCUCCUCACAACACUUGGACCAUCCAGUCUGGCUCCACUCAGAACGCCGGCUCGCCCUUGACGCCUUUCCGCAAGGACUCUUCGAGCUUCUGGACGACCGACGAGGUUCGCGACUGGAAGACCACCUUCUCGUACACCUACCCAGAGUUCUCGACCAGCGACGGCACCAAGGCCUCGAUCGUCAACUUUGUCAACAGCUUGUACGGACCCAACGCCAACUUGACUGCUGCCUCGAUCUCCAAGAACGCUGAGACUGACUCUGCUGGCAACUCUGGACGCGCCCUCGAGCCCAGCACUGGCUCCAGCUCCAGCUCUGCCAGCUCCACUUCCGCCGCCAGCUCGACGUCUUCCUCUGCUUCUGCAUCGUCCAGCUCUUCUGCUGUGUCUUCGUCUGUCUCUUCCCCGCCACCAUUCAAUGCGAACAAUGCGACUGCAACUGCCACCAGUGGACGCGCAUUCCCAACUGGAGGCUUCCAGAACUUCACUGUUCCCAACAACUCCAGCUUCAACGCACCCAACGGCAGCACUUACCAGUACACCUGCCACGUCCAGACUCCCCGCUACACUCUCAAUGGCUCGUACAUCGUCUACGUCUUCGAUUCCCCAGCCAAGUCCAACGAUUCUUCCACUUGGCUCGGCGAUGAGGGCUGCGCCGGUAUCAUUGGUGUGCUUGCAGGUGGUGAGAUGGCCAACCCUGAUGUCCACCUCUCUGGUGCCAUCCCCCUCACCACCCACCUCCAGAAGCGUGUCGAGCAGGGCAAGCUUCCCAGCAUGGCUGAGAAGAACGCCGUCCCUUACCUCACCAAGAACCUCCACUGGCGCAUUGCUCGUGAGGGCAAGGAGAUCAACAUCCAGAACGUCCCAACAUUCAACGCUGCCGUCUUCUCUGGUACCUCCAACAAGCCAUCCGAGGGAUCUCUCGGCACAUGGAACUCAUACGUUCCUCAAGUCGAGGUCACCAAGGGCAAGGCUGGUGGUGCCAAGGUUGCGCCAAGCUACGCCUCUGGUGGCUCUGGCAGCGGCAGCUCAAGCAGCGCUCCCUGCCCUGAAGAGUCAAGCCCAGCUUCGCCUGUAGAGUCUGGCCCAGCAGCUCCUCCGUACCCAGCGGCCAACGGCACCGUCCCAGCAUACCAGCCCACGGGCGCCACCGGAACUGGCGCGUACUCGCCUCCCGCUGCGACUAGCCCAGGCUCUCCAGCCCCUUACACCGGCGCCGCCAGCAAGGCCUCAUUCGGCUUCGCCGGUCUGGCUGUUGUUGCCGGUCUCGUUGCUGCCCUCUAA